AUCAUGGAUUGAAGCUAUGGGUUUGUAUGAAAUUGUUUUUGUAUUUUCUCAUUUCAACUAAGUUCACCAAUGCAGAUAUAUCAUAUGGUACAUGUGCAAAUAACCAGUGUGAAAAAUAUAUAUGAACAAUUGCAUACAAUUUUACUAAUAGAACUACUGUUUUAUGUUUAUGCAGGAUGGAGGAGCUGAUACCGAAAUUAAAACAGUAUGUUAAAAGCCGUGAGAAACUAGGGGGAUUUGUGGUGUUUGUUGCGCACAAUGCCCGUGCAUUUGAUGUACCAUUUCUGGUUAUGGAAUUCAGGCGUUGCUCUGAAGAAAUUCCCCCGAAUUGGCUGUUUUUGGAUACGCUUCCUCUAGCACGUGAAAUGAAGAAGUCUGGUGGAUCGAAGCUUACUUCAGGACUAUCAUUGCAAGCUCUACGCGAAUACUAUGGCAUUCCAUUGGCUGGUUCAGCUCACAGAGCCAAGUCUGAUGUGAAGGUCCUGUCGAUGAUUCUUCAAAGAUUGACUUCCGAACUGAAGCUAUCUAUCUCUGGCCUAGUUCAAAAAACUUUCACAGCCUCUGAUUUGAACACCCAUAAGAAGAAGAGUUCAAGCUAGAUUCAAAUCCUACCCGUGUUCAUGUACUAACCCUUGUUAUUGUAAUUUUUAACUAAUUCUUUUGAAUAAAAUAUCUACUUAUUAUUCA